AUGUAUGUACCUGGCAUUGGACAAGCAGGAGUUAAUCAGUUGGGUGGAGUUUUUGUAAAUGGUCGUCCUCUACCCGAUCAUAUUCGUCGCCAAAUUGUAGAAUUGGCUCUUAUGGGCAUAAGACCAUGUGAUAUUAGUCGCCAAUUACUUGUUUCACAUGGAUGUGUAUCGAAAAUUCUUACGAGAUUCUAUGAAACUGGUUCCAUAAAACCAGGCUCAGUAAAUGGACGAAAUAAAUCUCAUCCAAACACUUCAAUCGAUUCUGAUGACGAAAAGUCAUCAGUAAACAGACGGUCAGAAUCACCAUGUACCGUCAAACGAACAUCCGUAAUUACUGCUACAACGUUUCAUUCUCUUACAUCAACACCUAUUUCAAAAUCAAAAAUGUUGAAUAUUUACCCUAACAGUCAUUUACCGCAAUAUUUUUCAUUCAAUAACAAGGGACAAAACUCACCAUUAUCGGCUAAUUCAUAUCGUUCUAUUCUCUAUCCAUUUGUAAUUCAACCAACAAAAAAUACAUCUCACCAAAGUAAUGAUGAUGAUAGCAGUAGUAGCAAAGAUGAACAAGUACCCAAUUUAGAACUAACAUCAAGUGAUUAUAAUACAUCCGAUUCGAUUCAAGCAACAACAAGCGGCGAUCUGUUAACACAAAACAAGCAUACUUUGUUACCUUUGAAUACGAACAAGAGACCGAUACUUAAACAUUCUAUUGAUAGCAUACUCUCAUCAGAAACAACAGUGAAUCGAAAAAGACGUUUAAUCGAAUUACAAAAUGACAUACCAAAAAAGCGGAAAAAUGUUGGAAUGUUUAGUAGUAAUUAUCAAUGA